AUGGCGGCCGAGGACGAGGAAACCGGGCUGUUUAUGGACGAUAAUGAAAGCGACGACAUGGCUGCUGUUGCGGAGAGCGAUGUGGACAUGAAAGAUGAGGAGGAUCCGGUGUCAGAGGCUAAACAGGACGCAGGGUUGGACGACGAAGAUGACCCUGUGGUCAGAGAGUUUCCAGUUUACUCGUCACAGGUUCUAGGAAAGAAAUUACACAUUCUACAGUACCCCACACGGUCGGCUCUACGACCCCUGGUAGCAGCUCAAGGAACAGGAAUCAUCAACUCGCGGCUGAAACCCAAGUCAGGGAUCAUAGAAGUGGACAUUCCCAUUGACACAUCCAAGUUCUACGACGCCGAAAAAGGCGAUCGUUGGAAUAAAGUAGACCGCCAGACGUUUUCUGGAGUGCUGAAAAAGGGCCAGGGUCGAUAUAUGGCGGGAGUUUUCCGAGAUGGUGAACUCCAUGUAUCGUCUAUUGAGAGUGUAGCUCAACUACGACCACAGUUCAAGUAUUUUGACAAGCACGUCAACAGCGAAAAAGAAGCCAAUCGCAUGAUCCGAACCGAUCCUACGAAACCACGAGAAGCCCGUACGAUCCAAAUGUCGGCCAAAUCAUCUGGCGACUUUGCACCCAAAUACUCUGGAGCACUAGGAGCGCGGAAAAUCGCCGACGAAGAGUCGUUCGUCGAUAUCCAGUGGUUCGACAGAGACAGCAAUGAGUCCUGGGACAUGGCCGACAAGUUCGUGACCACCAACAAACGGAUCCUCGACUCGUCCACCACCCUCAAAGACUACACCGACAAACUGCAGUAA